UCCUGUUAAUAUUCGAUGUUUCGAAGAUUCAACAAAAAAUUGAUUGUGUUCUGCUGUAACUUCAUUAUGGCAGCGCAUAUUAUAAAUCGUCUAGGUAUUGCUCUACAGAAGCUAGAUCAUGCGAUCAACCUCUUGUUUGGACGUGGAUUUCCUCCUGAGGCCCUGUGUGCGCUACCAAUCAGUGGUAGCAGCAAUUUGGUACAAUUAUCGCACAAACCAGGUGAGCUUUCUAUUAAGGAUAUACUGGGUGAUGGUUUUCUUUGGGCCGUACCAAAAUCUAGGAGGACUGUUGAAAAGAGGCUGAAGAGAAAAUUUGGUGUGCCGAAAUACAAUUGGAAACCAUUGGUACCAAAAACAAAUAUUUUGAUGUGUACAAAUUGUGGUCAUAAUUAUGAGGCUGGAAAUUUGUGUGGAUACUGUUAUGCAAGAGUAAAACAAGAAACUAACAAUCUUCAGAAAAUUAUUCGGUCUCAGUUGAAACUGAAGCCCGUAGAACAAGAGGUGGUUGUACUUUAUGAAGGAGAAAAGGAAAAAAAAUCUGCUGAAUUUUGGAAGAAUCAACGCGUGGUUGAGGUACCAAAAAAACGACCACAAUGGUUCCACCAAAAUCUCAUGCAGCCAACAACUCAAAAUGCUUCAGAUAGUAAAGAGGUGAAGCCUACAGAACUGGCAUAAUUUAAAAAUAUUUUUAAAUAAGGAAACAAGUGGAAAAUAUUAAGUCGAGUUUUAUUAACAUUGUCACACGUUUUCGCAAUAUUGUAUGUUCACCUUGGUGAUCAUUCUGUAAAAAGACUAACGAAUUAAAUAAAGAGUAGCAUAAUAA